AUGGACAAUGGCGACGACUGCCAGUUCGCCUGCCAGCGAUGCCCGUGGAGAGGCAAUUCCACACAACUACUAAUAGACCAUUUACACGCGCACCAAGUUAAGCCCGAUACUGUUGACAGCUUCAUACGACUAUAUAUAACUUUUGAGGAACCACUAGAGUCAGAUGAUGAUACAACAGAAGCACCAUCAAUGAAAUUUAAGCCUCCAAAGCCUGUAGCAGCUCAUUGCUGUCCGUUCUGCGACAGUAUAUUCUCAUCAAAAGCGCGUUUAGAACUUCAUAUCGCUAACCAUGUUGAAAUCAGCGAAGAUAGCGCAGUGGAGUGCUGCGGGGCGCUUUACAGCGAACGUUCUUUAUUCAUCCAACAUGCCCUUGACAAGCACGAACGCGCUCUGCCUCCUGGAAUAAUAUGCCGCGCUUGUGGCCUAAAAGCUGACUCGCUCGUUACUCUCUCCGAACAUAUCAAAAACACCCACGCCGAUGAUGCUAUCACUCGAAAAAGAACAGAUCGCAAUCCUAAAAGCAAAGACCAGAAAUAUAUCCCAACUCCGUGCCCGGAUUGUGGAAAAACUUUCUCUAACAAAUACAACAUGGCUGUACAUUUGCGAUCGCAUAAAGGAAAAUCGGAUAAAAUCCAAUGCGAGUUAUGCAGUAAAUGGUAUGGUAGUCGCACCGCCUUGGUCAGCCAUGUGAAGCUAGCUCAUAGUGGGUUACUCCGCUUCGCUUGUGACAUUUGUGGCGAAUGGUUCCCUAAUCGCACCGUCCGUGCCGUCCAUGUCGCCUUACACACAGGGGAAAGACCAUCUUGGGCGGGAAUUACUGAAGACGGUCACGAUCCCGGUGUGAAUGGCGAGGCUGACGGUGAUGACCGAGCCUCGAGCGACGAGGACGACCGCCCGCUCGCCUCCCUAGCUUCCGAGAAAGCUGACGCCUAUGCAAACUUCUACAACGCCUUGCUAAACUUUAGAAACCAUUACCUAAACGAACAUGACGCUCGCUACCCAGAGUUUACAGAGUCUAGCGAAAGCGAAGCGGAGGCAAACGGAUCAGACGAUUAUGACGACUUGUCUAAGAAUAACAUGCGGCGGGAUCGCAUGGAUGAAGCCACGAGACUCGAAUUAGCGAGCGCGCAGACCCGCAUAAAUGGCAAGACUUACUACACGUGUCGCAUAUGCGGCAAACAUCUCAGCUCACCACACACUUACGUGUUCCACACACGAAUACACACAGGCGAACGUCCAUGCGUAUGCCACAUAUGUGGGAAGCAGUUCCGAGCACCGAACGGCUUACAGCGCCAUCUCGCGGAAACCCACGAGCGGCGCCGCCGGCACGCGUGUCGACACUGCGAUCGGACGUUUGCCAACUCGCAGAACCUAAAACAGCAUAUGAGGACUCAUACGGGGGAGAGACCGUACUCGUGCUCGCUCUGCGGGAAACGUUUUCGUCAAUCGGGGUCGCUGCACGCGCACAAGAAAACUCAUGUCGCGCUGCUGCCGUUCCGCUGCGCGCACUGUCCGGCGGCGUUCCGCCUGCGGGCGGGGCUGGCCCGACACAGGCUGCGGCACUCCGGGGAACGUCCGCACAGUUGCGAGAUCUGCGGUCGGUGUUUCAGGACGCGGGCGGAUUUAUCGGCGCACCGCACGGCGCACUCGCCGGCGCGCGCGCACUCGUGCGGCGUGUGCCGCGCCCCCUUCCGCUCGCGCCGCGCGCUGCGCCACCACGCGAGGCGGCUGCACCCGCCGCCGCCGCCGCCGCCGCCGCAGAUACAGGACGAUAUGGCGAAUCGAUCCUACUUCGUCCUAGCGCCAUUGUAGCCUGUUAACUACUUAUGUACCUACUCGAGAGUGGAAACUGUAGAUGGCUUAGAAGGAGAGAUAAAAUGAAAAAUCACCAAAACACCUAUAAAAUAUGAUAUUUG